GUCACAUAUCGCGUCACGUUUUAGUGGAAGCACGAGGGGAUUUCAGUGGAUUUCUCCGCGUGGAUCAAGCUGUGGGAUAUCUGCUGUGCCUGACAUGUGUCCGUGACUGCAGGGGACGAGGCCGUAAAUGGUGUCUGGGAUCCAAGUCGGUUUAGAGCGUUUCGUUUCCUGGUCAUGGAAGGUCCAGAACCGGUUACCGAUUAUUUAAGGGAAGUGAACGGACACUUGAAUGAACUUCAGAGCUCCGGUGAAGGAUGCUCUCCUUGCCGUAAGAGCACCCGUUGUUUGAUCCCGCCGGUGUACUGGAAUGAGCUGCUACAGCUUGUUAAACUGGCAGGACCGGUGCUCAUUUCUCAGCUGAUGGUCUACAUGAUCAGUACAGUCAGUAUGGUGUUCUGUGGUCACAUGGGGAGAACUGAGCUUGCAGGAGUGUCACUAGCAGCUGCGGUGGUUAACGUCAGUGGUAUUUCUGUUGGCACUGGUUUAUCAGCAACUUGUGAUACCCUGAUAUCUCAGACGUAUGGGAGCGGUAACUUGAAGCGAGUCGGUGUGAUUCUCCAGAGGGGAGUUCUGAUUCUGCUGCUGGCCUGUUUCCCCUGCUGGGCCGUCCUCAUCAACACUGAGCCCCUCUUACUCGCAGUGGAACAGAGUCCGGAGGUCGCCAGUCUCGCCCAGAUGUAUGUGAAAAUCUUCAUGCCUGCUCUCCCGGCUGCUUUUAUGUACCAACUGCUUGGGAAGUAUCUACAAAAUCAGGGAAUUAUGUGGCCUCAGGUUAUAACUGGAGCAAUUGGAAAUGUCUUCAAUGUUGUCAUCAACUACGUCUUCCUCUAUCCCCUGGAGCUGGGUGUUGCUGGAUCUGCAGCAGCCAAUGCCAUGUCGCAGUAUUUGCUGGCUUUGUUCCUAUGUGCUUACAUCUGCUGGAAGGGUCUACACAAAGCCACAUGGGGAGGUUGGACGCUUGACUGUCUGCAAGAGUGGGGUCUCUUCAUCAAGCUGGCUAUUCCCAGUAUGCUCAUGAUUUGCUUGUCCUGGUGGAUAUUUGAAAUCGGAGGAUUCCUGGCUGGUGUGAUAAGUGAGGUUGAGCUGGGAGCUCAGUCCAUAGCAUACCAACUCUGCAUUGUAGCUUAUAUGAGCCCACUGGGAUUCUCUGUUGCUGCCAGUGUGAGAGUUGGAAAUGCUCUUGGUGCAGGAAAUCCAAAGCAGGCCGUGCUAUCGUGCAAAGUCUCUAUCAUCUGUGCAUUGGCAGUUGCCUGUUUGGUUGGGGCUUUCAUCAUCUCUACCAAGAACGUCAUUGGCUACAUUUUCACCUCCGAGCAAGACAUCAUUCAGAGGGUUGCUGAUGUCAUGCUUAUAUUUGGAUUCAUGCACAUCUGUGAUGCCAUUGCGGGCGUGGCUGCAGGUGUUCUUAGAGGUGUGGGGAAACAGCUGAUUGGUGCUUUGUGUAAUUUUGUUGCAUUCUACUUCAUUGGCUUCCCCAUUGGUGUGUCCCUGAUGUUCGCAGCAAACAUGGGGAUUGUAGGACUUUGGACAGGACUUGUCAUUUGCCUCUUACUUCAGAUGAUAUUUUACGUCACUUUUUUGUGCAAACUUGAUUGGAAAAAGGCUUCAGAAGAUGCUCUUGUGAGAGCAGGGGUUCACAUCACAAAGGAAAAUGCAACAGCUGAGCUGGAACACUCAGAUUCACAUCAGAGUCAGGCCCAGGUCAGUGGAGCUGAGUCUGCGUGUUUGAGUGCUGAGGGAGGAAACACAGACCCAACUGUAGCCAGUUCAGGCAGUAGAGCCUUCACCACCACCACCACCACCACCACCACCACCACAGUGGGAGAUGUUCUGUCUGUACCACAGUUGGCUGUAUGGCGUGGUUUGGCAUUAAUAAUCAUGAUCAUCAUCCUUCUUGCUGGAAUAAUCAUCAGUCACUUUCUAAUGAAGCUGUUAAAAUGA